AUGGACCGUCCUGCGACUCCCACAGGAGGUCCUCCGGGAUAUAGUGCAGCUCCUCCGUCGUAUUCAGGGGUGUCUAAUGGCAACGCCCGACCUAAGAUGUCUAACAAUGGAUCCACGGCGCGGCUCUUGAGUUCGAUGGAUGAGGCCGAGUAUCGACCGUACGUACCCCCAAGGCCUCCAUCCCCUCGAAGAUCACAAGCUCCCUCGAUCGCUUCCAUAUCGCGACCACACACGCCCUCCGUUAUCGAAAAUGCGCCGAAGCUGACACCCACGGCUGGGAACACCUCUUAUGUACCUUACCUGCCCAGCCACGGCUCCCCAUCUCGAUCCACACUCUCGCGUACAUCGCCAGAGUCGUCACGUCCUCCACCGUCUGACAUUUCAUAUGAACCUGCUGAUAUUAACGGUAGCCCACGACCAGGUACACCAUCGUCGAAAUAUGGUGGGAGUCCGAAACGACCUUUGCCACCUGCUCCUUUGUUCUCAAGUCCACAACGUGUAAGCAAGGCUUCAGGCAACAUACUCGAGGGUAGCGCAAUUCCAAUUCAAGAAGGUGACGAUGAUGUCUUCGGUGCCCAAAGCAACGAUGCAAGAGCAAGCUUGAAAUCGCAUGAUUCUUUCCAUUCGGAGUCUACCUAUACGGAAGAGCUUUAUUCGAAAGGUGAAGACGAGGAUCAUUAUGGUCCAGCACCGUUGGGUCGCCAGCAGAGGCGCGGUGCAAGACAAGCACAAAUGGCGAAAAAGGAAGUCCGAUUGAUCAACGGCGAGUUAAUAUUGGAGUGUAAGAUACCAACCAUACUGUACAGUUUCUUGCCCAGACGAGACGAUGUCGAGUUCACACACAUGCGGUAUACCGCUGUUACUUGCGACCCAGACGACUUUGUACUUAAAGGAUACAAGUUGAGACAGAACAUUGGCACCACAACACGAGACACCGAAUUAUUCAUAUGUAUAACCAUGUACAACGAAGAUGAGAUCGACUUCACGAGGACUAUGCACGGAGUCAUGAGAAAUAUCUCCCACUUCUGUUCCAGAUCUAAGUCACGCACCUGGGGCAAAGAUGGCUGGCAGAAAAUCGUGGUUUGCAUUGUUUCUGAUGGCCGAAGAAAGGUACAUCCUAGGACACUGGACGCACUCGCAGCCAUGGGAUUAUACCAACACGGCAUUGCGAAGAAUCUUGUAAAUCAAAAGGAGGUCACAGCGCAUGUAUAUGAGUACACGACACAGGUAUCCCUGGAUGCAGAUUUGAAGUUUAAAGGAGCAGAGAAAGGGAUCGUGCCAUGUCAGAUGAUAUUCUGUCUGAAAGAAAAAAAUCAGAAAAAGCUUAACUCCCAUCGAUGGUUCUUCAAUGCAUUCGGAAGAGCACUUACGCCGAAUGUCUGUAUCUUGCUCGACGUCGGUACUAAACCAGGACCGACUUCAUUGUACCAUCUUUGGAAGGCUUUCGAUACUGACUCGACGGUCGCUGGCGCGUGCGGAGAGAUCAAAGCAGGCAAAGGCAAGAACUGGCUAGGUUUGCUCAAUCCUCUCGUCGCAUCUCAAAACUUCGAGUACAAAAUGUCCAACAUUCUUGACAAGCCGCUGGAAUCUGUUUUCGGGUACAUCACCGUCUUGCCAGGAGCAUUAAGCGCCUAUCGCUAUUAUGCUUUACAAAACGACGCGACUGGACACGGUCCACUGAGCCAGUAUUUCAAGGGUGAAACCUUGCAUGGCCAGAAUGCGGACGUAUUCACAGCAAAUAUGUAUCUUGCGGAAGAUCGCAUCCUGUGCUGGGAGUUGGUUGCGAAAAGGAAUGAGCGGUGGGUCCUGAAGUACGUCAAGAGCGCUAUAGGAGAGACGGACGUGCCAGACGCCACACCUGAAUUCAUAUCUCAACGGAGAAGAUGGCUCAACGGAGCCUUUUUCGCGGCUGUCUACUCGCUGGUCCAUUUUAGACAGGUUUGGCAUACGGAUCAUACCUUAUGGCGAAAAAUAUUACUGCAUAUUGAAUUCGUAUACCAAUUCGUGAGCUUGGGAUUCACAUACUUCUCAUUGGCCAACUUCUAUCUUACCUUCUACUUCAUAGCAGGCUCUAUUUCAGAUCCGAAGCUUGACCCUUUCGGUCAUCAUAUUGGGUUGUAUGUUUUCGUAGUUCUGCGAUUUGCCUGUGUACUCCUGAUAUGUACGCAAUUCAUCUUGUCAAUGGGCAAUCGACCACAAGGAGCCAAGAGAAUGUUUAUGACUAGCAUCAUAAUCUAUUCGGUCAUCAUGGCAUACACGACGUUCGCUGCCCUAUACAUCGUCAUCACACAACUCAGGGACAAGAAGAACACUUUUGCCUUGGGGAAUAACGUCUUCACUAAUCUCAUCGUCUCCACGGCUUCUACCGUAGGGCUAUAUUUCCUCAUGUCAUUUCUCUACCUUGACCCCUGGCACAUGUUCACAAGCUCAGCGCAAUAUUUUGCUCUUCUACCCUCUUAUAUCUGUACGUUGCAAGUGUACGCCUUCUGCAAUACACACGAUGUCACUUGGGGCACCAAAGGUGACAAUGUGAUUCAUAUCGAUUUGGGCGCCGCGGUCUCUGGUAAGGGCAACACUGUCGAAUUAGAAAUGCCAAGCGAGCAGCUUGACAUCGAUUCUGGCUAUGACGAAGCACUCCGUAACCUUCGUGACCGACUCGAGGUGCCGAAAGACGCGGUCAGCGAAGCGCAACAGCAAGAGGAUUAUUACCGAGCUGUCCGGACCUACAUGGUUGUAUCCUGGAUGAUUGCUAACGCCAUUCUGGCUAUGGCCGUGAGCGAAGCGUACAGCAGCACUCACGUUAGCAACAAUUUCUACCUGAAGUUCAUUCUCUGGUCUGUCGCAGCCGUGGCGUUCUUCCGCGCAAUCGGUAGCAGUACGUUCGGUGUGAUCAACAUUGUGCAUAUGAUCGCGGAAGGGAGGAUGAGGGUCAGUUGGAAGGGCAUCAAGUGUCCUGACUGGGUCAGUGAUACAGGGAGUAAGGUGUCUACCCGUUUCAGCUUCUUUGGCGGCAGUAGCUGGGCAAGCGGUAGCAGCAUGGGGAAGACGGCGCGGAGUGGGUGA